UGCCCAGCGUUGUUCGCGCUCACGGACGACGAGACUCGCCGUCUGGAAAUUUGUCUCGUGGGUUCGACACAAAAACAUUUUUCAUCGAUUAAUUUUUUUAUCCCUUCGCCUGAAACGUUAGGUUUAAAAAUUAUAAAGCGCAAUUUUAUCAAUUUCCGGAAUCAAUCAGGAGUAUGGCUGCCGCCGAGGUGAACGGUAGUUCUGUCACGCUGAAGGAGGAAGAAGAACCCAUGGAAGUAACAGGACAGCUCACGGAGAACUACCAAACGCUUAUUAAUUCGGGACUCUCACAGACAGUUGCUGAAAAUCUCGAUAACAUCUUUCAGACAGGCUUGGUGGCGUACGCUGAAUUGGACGAGCGGGCCAUCGACGCUCUGCGCGAGUUCAGUGAGGACGGAGCGCUCGCUGUGCUGCAGCAGUUCAGAGAGAGUGACCUAUCUCAUGUACAGAAUAAGAGCGCUUUCCUUUGUGGCGUGAUGAAGACUUACCGACAGAGAGAGAAGCAAGGUAGUAGCAAAGUACAAGAGUCCACGAAAGGACCAGAUGAGGCAAAAAUAAAGGCCCUUUUAGAUCAGACCGGAUACACUUUGGAUGUUACCACUGGGCAGAGGAAAUAUGGAGGCCCCCCACCUGAAGAAGUUUUCACAGGCGCACAACCAGGGUUUGGGACAGAGGUAUUUGUGGGGAAGAUCCCAAGGGACUUAUAUGAAGAUGAGCUGGUGCCGCUCUUCGAGUCGGCUGGACCCAUUUGGGACCUAAGGUUAAUGAUGGACCCGCUUUCUGGGCAGAAUAGAGGUUAUGCCUUCAUCACAUUCUGCAAUAAGGAGGACGCACAAAAAGCUGUGAAGCUUUGUGAUAACUAUGAAAUCCGUCACGGCAAGUACUUGGGAGUGUGCAUAUCCGUUGCCAACAAUCGUCUGUUUGUUGGCUCUAUCCCAAAGAACAAAACUCGAGAAAGUAUAUUGGAGGAUUUUGGCAAAGUAACAGAGGGUCUCCAAGAAGUAAUCAUCUACCACCAGCCAGAUGAUAAGAAGAAAAACAGGGGAUUCUGUUUUCUGGAGUACGAAGACCACAAAUCGGCCGCGCAGGCUCGUCGCCGCCUCAUGAGCGGCAAGGUCAAAGUUUGGGGGAAUCCAGUUACUGUCGAGUGGGCUGACCCUGUUGCUGAGCCAGACCCAGAAGUCAUGGCAAAGGUAAAAGUGCUCUUUGUAAGGAAGCUUGCCACAGCAGUGACUGAAGAGCUCCUGGAAAAGACCUUCUCUCAGUUUGGGAAGCUGGAGCGAGUGAAGAAAUUAAAAGACUACGCUUUUGUUCAUUUCGAAGACAGGGAUGCCGCUGUUAAGGCCAUGGAUGAGAUGAACGGUAAGGAGCUUGGCGGCGAUGAAAUUGAGAUCGUCUUGGCCAAGCCUCCUGAUAAGAAGAGGAAAGAGCGCCAAGCAGCUCGGCAGACCCCCAGGACUACAGGGUAUGAUGACUAUUAUUACUACCCACCUCCACGCAUGCCUCCGACAGGGCGUGGCAGAGGUCGCGGUGGCCGUGGCGGUUAUUCAUAUCCGACAGAUUACUAUGGCUAUGAAGAGUAUUACGAUGACUACUAUGGCUACGACUAUCAUGACUAUCGCGGUGGCUACGAAGACCCGUACUAUGGUUAUGAAGACGUAUACAGCAGCAGGGGUCGCGGCAGCCGUCCCGGUAGGGGCGGGCCGACACCAUCCAGGGCCCGCGGCGUGCCCCCCACCCGAGGCAGAGGGGGCUACUCCCAGAGAGGGCCGCCCCUCGGGGCGCCGAGGGGUAGCCGAGGCGGGCGGGGCACCCCGUUCCAGCCGCAGAGGGGCCGCGGGCCUCGCGGGGCCCGGGGCAACCGUGGGGGAAACGUCGGAGGCAAGAGGAAGGCGGAUGUCUUCAACCAGCCCGACUCCAAGCGCCGCCAGACCAACAACCAGCAGAACUGGGGGUCCCAGCCCAUCGCCCAGCAGCCUCUGCAGCAAGGGGCCGACUAUUCCGGUAACUAUGGUUACAGUAAUGACACCAUGGAGUUUUCACAGGAUUCUUAUGGGCAACAGUGGAAGUAAAGACACCAUAAGAUUUGGGCUAUGUGAUGACAACAAAAAAUUGAUUGGCCGUAUUUGUUGAUUGACUUUUUUAUUCAUUGCCCCUCAUUUAAUUACAUUACAAAUCUGUGUCGUUUAAGAGAGGGAAAAAAAGCACCCACAAUUGGCUUCAUACUGGGAUGGCGAAGUUGUGGUGAAUAAUUUACAAAAGAAAAAAAAAAUCAAUUAUGUCUAAUGCUGGGAUGGCGAAGUUGUGGUGAAUAAUUUACAAAAGAAAAAAAAAAUCAAUUAUGUCUAAUGUUACUUUUUCUUCCUGAUUACCUAAAAUCCAAUGAACACUACCCAAAGUGGACAUUCAUUGUCAUUAGUUUGAGAAGACAUCCAAAACAAAAAGACAUUGCCUUGCAGGACAUUGGUGUCCAUGUCCCUUCCCCUCCCCCCUCUUGUACUCCCUUUUAUUUGUGCUUCUUGUGGCAAAAAAAAAUCACCAGGCACGUCGGUGGCAUGACAUAGCUGUAAUAGAAUACAUCUUCCAUUUUAAUCAAAUGCAGUCACUACACUACACACAAGAGUUGUAGCAACACAUGUACAUCCUACUCUGGACUAAAGUGUUCCAAAGAGGAAACUAGUCCAAAAGUACGGUGGCCAAGAAGCGUCAGGCGAACUGUAAAGUCCAAAAAGAAUUGAGCACGACUGCAAAUUGCCACAACAGGAUUCCAGAAUGCUAAAGCACGAAUGCAAAUAGGCCAAAGUACGAACGGCAAAUGGCCCGCGACAUGAACCGUAAAUGGUUCACAACACGUACUGCAAAUGGCACCUGUUGCGAGCCAUGUACAAGGAAAAUCAUUCACGACACGAACUGCAACACAGACCGUAUAUGGCCCGAAACACGGACCGCAAAUGACCCCCGUUACCAGCUGUUGGCGGUACAUGUUGUGAGCCAACUGCAAGCUCGCAACACGAACCGCAAAUGGUUCGCAACACGAACCGCAAUUCGCCCGUGACACGGACCGCAUAUUGCCCCUGUUGCAAGCCAUUUGCAGGCCCACGACACGGACCGCAAAUGGUUCCCAACACAAACCACAAAUGCACCUGUUGCAACCCAUUUACACGAACCGCAAAUCGUUGGUGACAUGAACAGCAACACAGACCGCAUAUGGCCCGCAACAUGGACCUUAUAUGGCCCGUUGCAAGCCAAUUGAAAGCUCGCAACACGAAUCGCAAUUGGUUCGCAACACGAAACGCAAAUGGCCCCUGUUGCAAACCAUUUACACGAACCGCAAAUGGUUCACGACACGAACCGCAACACAGACUGCAUAUGGCCUGCAACACGGACCGCAUAUGGCCCCUGUUGCGAUCCAUUUACACGAACCGCAAAUGGUUCACGACACGAACCACAACACGGACCGUAUAUUGCCUGCAACACGGACCGUAUAUGGCCCGCGACAGGGACCGCCAACGACCAACAACACGCACCGUAUAUGGUCUGCGACACGCACCGCAAAUUGCCCGCGACAUGGACCUCAUAUGGCCCCUGUUGCGAGCCAUUUGCAGGCUCCCAACACGGAUUCCGGAAUACUAAAGCACGAAUCCAAAUUGGCCAAAGUACAGAUGGCAAAUGGACCACAAAUGGUUCGUAACACGAACCACAAAUGGCACCUGUUGCGAGCCAUUUACACGAACCGCAAAUCGUUCGCGACACGAACCGCAACACAGACUGCAUAUGACCCACAACAUGGACUGCAUAUGGCCCCUGUUGCAAGCCAAUUGCAAACUCGCAACACGAAACCAAAAUGGUUUACAACACGAACGGCAAAUGGUUCGCAACACGAACGGCAAAUGGUUCGCAACACGAACGGCAAAUGGUUCGCAACACGAACCGCAAAUGGUUCGCAACACGAACCGCAAAUGGUUCGCAACACGAACCGCAAAUGGUCCGCAACACGAACCGCAAAUGGUCCGCAACACGAACCGCACAUGGCACCUGUUGCAAGCCAUUUACACGAACCGCAAAUGGGUCACGACACGAACCGCAACACGGACCGUCUAUGGCCCGCAACACGGACAGUCUAUGGCCCGCAACACGGACCGUACAUGGCCCGCAACAUGGACCGCAUAUGGCCUGUAUGGCUCGCGACACGAACCGCAAACAGCUUGCGACGCAAAUGCAAGAGGACGAGCCCGAAGUAGACUGAAUUUUAGCUGGAGUCGUAGUCCUUUCAUGUACUUCCGUAGAAUUAAGUCUACUUCAGGGUUGUCCUGCAGCAUUUGUGGUUUGGCUUUUUGCAGUAGUGUUUCUUGCCGUUUGCAGUUUUGUUGCGGGCAAUUGGGGUUUGCGUUGCAGGCAAUUGCGGUCCGUGCCGUGGCUAUUUUCAUUUGUGCUUUUAUUCUUUUGCAAAAUAUUUGGAAGUGGUGUUGCUGUUAUGGCAAUUCGCAUUCGUGCUUUUUCUUUUUGCAAAGCGUUUGGACUUUGCAGUUCGCCUGACACUUUUCGGCCACCGUACAAAAGCGAUGGCGUCAAAUGUAAACGGAGGCAGCGUUGUGGGUCGUUCGCCGUGUCUGCCGCAUACAUGCCUGGUGUAUUUUAAGCAUCAUAGUUGCUUAGGGACUUGCUUGUAUAUAAAUGGCUAUGGUUAGAGCUUCAGAACUCAUUUUUUGUUUUCGCUAAGGUGGAGAAAAGAAUCCACAGAGGACGAAAUCGACAUUUUUGUAAGUGUAUGCUUAGCAUUUCUAGACGACAUCAAAUUGUGAUUUUUUUUUUUUUUUUUUUUAAAUUGAUAACCAUUUUCCUGUUUUCAUUCAAAUUGCCCAAUAGAAUUUGGUUUGGCUUACCUUAAGAGCCAAUAGCGGUUUGUUCUCUGAUGUUAUUUGUAUUUAUAACUUCUACAUUUGUUCCGUUUCAAUAAAACUCAGCUGAGAAUCAG